AAGGGCCAAGGCGGGGCGGGGCUGCAGUUCCUUUCGGGCCUCGCCAGUCUCGCAGCGCCAGUCGAAGUCGCCGCGGAGCUGUCGAGGCGACGAACCCACACCUACCGCCUCAGCCCGGACCACCGAAAGCCCCGCCGCCUCCGCCUCCUCUUCCUUCUGUUCGCCUCCUCAACCGCCCGGCGCCAUGGCCUCUGGGGUCACCGUCUGUGACAAAGUCAUUCAGGUAUUCAACGACAUGAAGGUGCGCAAACAUGCCCCCCAGGAGGAGCAGAAGAAGCGCAAGAAGGCUGUCAUCUUCUGCCUGAGCGAGGACAAGAAGAAGAUCAUCCUGGAGCCCGGCAGGGAGAUCCUGGUGGGCGAGUUGGGAGACACCGUUGAUGACCCCUACCUGCACUUCGUCGGUAUGCUGCCCCCCAGCGACUGCCGCUAUGCCCUCUAUGACGCCACCUACGAAACCAAGGAGAGCAAAAAGGAAGAUCUGGUCUUCCUCUUCUGGUGA